AUGUUCGGAUUGAAGAAGGUGACGCAAUGCAUUCUAGCUGCUUUGUUUCUGCUGGCCUUACAUUCGAUGUGGUCCGGCAGGGAGCUCUUGAAAAUGCAAGGCGUGACCGAGGACACCGUUGAGGCCGCACCAUUCCCCAACGAAGCAAGCAGAAGCACAGCUCCGCCGCCCCAGUGUUCGUCAGAUUACUUUGCUCCGAGGCAGGCCAAGCUGUUCGCAGGACCUUUGUUUGACUCCAGGAAAAACAAGCAGCGCUACAAGGCCUUCCGGGCUGAGUUUGAAAUGUACACAGGCCGGGAUCCACUCCAUACGUUCAAUGUUGUGAAAUUUCAAACUGGUGGGAUCCAGUAUACGGACCUGCAUAAUUCGCAUGACCACAAGACGCUCGUUCUGGGGUGCAAGGACAAAGCUUUGCGAGAAAGCACGAAUUGGACCAAUUGGUACUAUGCCCCGACAGGUCCAACAGAUUUUUCAACAUGUGAGACCAUCAUCCCUGGAACUGCAGUGUUCUUUCGUGGCAUGUCUUUUGGAAGGUUCAUCUACGGCGCCCUCCUGCACGACAUACUUCCUCCGGUACUUUGGAUGUACGAUAACGAACCAAAUGCCACACCAGUUUUCGAGAUCGAGAAAUCUGGGAAAGUCGUCGAUUUCAUGAAGUGGUUCGACCCAGCUCUUCAUUCCAGAGCGCUUUAUGUCCCAGCUGGUAAGACUGUCUGUGCAGAAUCACUGCUGGUGAUGGUGCCGCAUCGCGACAUCGUCCACCCCGCUAUGGUGCUAUCUGUCCCUUGCGACCCCAACCACUGCUGUGCUGACGUUCCUGCCAUUGGCAAAGACGGACCAGAUGACCCCUGA